CAGUGGGCCAAUCUCCAAAUCUAUACCCUAUCCUUGAAUUUGAAGAUUUUUCUUCUUUCUUUGUUAAGGUUGAAACUGUGGAUUUUCUUGAAACUUUUGGUCUCACCAGAUAUUUCCUUAAAAUUCUCUAUUUCCUCUUUCAAUUCCUUUAUAUUACUGCAAAAAUUCUCCACCUAUAAUUCUCAAUAAAAGUGAGAAUAAAAAUCUCCACCGAGACAAGAUACCCAAAAAAUCUAAGACAUACCCAUUUUAAUUCACACCAAAUUAUCCACAACCCCUCUUUCAAUUUCCAAUCUUUACCACUCUACAAACCCUAAUUCUCCCCUCCCUGUUUCCCUUAAUUUCUCUCUUCUGCAACGAAAUCCUCCAAAAAUGCUUGAUAAUUUGAAAAUCUAAAACAUACACACUUCAAUUCACACCCAAUUAUCCAACAUCCAUCAAAUUUUCAAUCCUGACUCAUGAACACCAAAUCUUUUCCACUCUCUUUAGCUUAAAUUUCCCUCACUUUCCUGGGAAAAUUCGACCACCAUGGCCGUUGCUGCAGUUAGAGGCAAACCCACCAAAGAAACUGCUUCUCAAUUCAGAUACUUUAUGUUCAAUUACAUGCAUGUGGGAAGUCGCUUGUCUAGUGCUCACUGUGCUAGCAAAACUACAAAAUGGGAUGACCAUUUUGCAAAUACUCCUCAUCACUUCACUUCUUUCAAGCCUGUUUCGCUUUGCGGGGAGUUUGUUGAAAAGGGUACUCAAUUGUUGGAAAAUAUGAGAAGUAGCGGUAAUUCAAGUAAAGACUUUGAUAGGAAUUGGAGUCAGAAAGUGAGAUAUAAUAGUGGUGAUGGGUCUGGUUAUGGCGACCCGCCAGAGGUGUGGGAACCACCUGGUGAUGGUGUUGCAAAAUUAAAGGUGACUGAUGGAGGAGUGAAUUUUAAGGUAGGGAGUAGAGAUGGGUCUGGUUCAAAGGAUGGGUCUUGGGGUGGAUCAAAGUUGGGGAGUAGCUUUCCAACGCCGAAGGACAUUUGUAAGGCACUUGAUAAGUUUGUCAUUGGGCAACAGAGAGCUAAGAAGGUGCUCUCUGUUGCUGUUUACAAUCACUACAAGAGGAUCCAUCUAGAGUCUGUUAAAAAAUGUACAACUUGGGAAGCUAGGUGCAAUGCAGAUUCAGGCAAUGAAAAAGCAGAAACCAUGGACGAGGAGGAAGUUGAACUUGAGAAAAGUAACAUUCUUCUAAUGGGUCCAACAGGUUCAGGGAAGACAUUACUUGCCAAAACCUUGGCGCGGUUCGUGAAUGUUCCUUUUGUUAUUGCAGAUGCAACUACUUUGACUCAGGCAAGAUAUGUCGGGGAAGAUGUGGAUUCGAUGUUAUACAAACUACUGACAGCUGCUGACUAUAACGUGGCAGCUGCUCAGCAAGGCAUCAUUUACAUUGAUGAAGUUGACAAGAUCACAAAAAAGGCUGAGAGUGUUAACAUUAGUAGAGAUGUGUCGGGGGAGGGUGUACAGCAAGCAUUAUUGAAAAUGCUUGAAGGAACAGUAGUCAAUGUUCCAGAUAAGGAAGCUCGAAAGCAUCCUAGGGGAGACAAUAUUCAGAUCAACACAAAGGAUAUUCUUUUCAUAUGUGGGGGUGCCUUUAUUGAUUUGGAGAAGACCAUUUCUGAAAGGCGCCAAGAUUCAUCGAUUGGGUUUGGUGCACCAGUACGUGCAAACAUGAGGACAGGUGGUGUUACGAGUGCUGCCAUGACAUCAUCUUUAUUGGAGACUGCUGAAAGCAGUGAUCUUGUUUCAUAUGGUUUGAUACCUGAAUUUGUUGGAAGAUUUCCUAUCCUCGUCAGUUUAUCAGCUCUCACUGAGGAUCAACUUGUCCAGGUUCUGACAGAACCAAAGAAUGCCCUUGGGAAGCAAUACAGGAAGUUGUUCCAAAUGAAUGGUGUCAAGCUACAUGUUACAGAACAUGCUUUGAGAUCAAUUGCUAUAAAAGCAAUAACCAAAAAUACUGGGGCUCGGGCCUUGCGGUCCAUAUUAGAGAACAUCUUGAUGGAUUCCAUGUAUGAGAUUCCUGAUGUAAGAAGGGGGGCUGAUAUAAUAGAUGCUGUUGUAGUUGAUGAAGAGGCUAUUGGACCUAAGCAACGUGGAGCCGGAGCCAAAAUCCUGUACGGCAGGGGCAACUGUGGAGGGUUCUGAUGGAGAACCAGAGGUGGAAUCAGAGCUUCGUAAGAUAGUUGCCAGCAUGUAAUUUACUGGUGAAUGUUGUUUGUAGCCUCCUCACAUCACAUACCUGUACAUAAUAAGCUCACAUUAAUUUAAUAAACCUAAGUUCUGUGUACACGUUACAAUUGCUCAAAAACUAGAGUUUCCCAACCACAGAGUUCAGAUUUUUUUUAUAUCACUGCUGUAUUCUACAUCAGUCAGCCAAAGAUAAUCAAGUUCUUCCAUCCCAUUUUUCAGCGUGAA